AUGAAUGAAGUUUUGGAUAAAAAUUUUAAAACCUUAUACCCACGAUUAGAAACUGAUAUAAGAAAUGCAACUUUUAUCGCCAUAGAUGCUGAAUUUACGGGUAUAUAUUCAAGAGAAGAUGUGAAAUAUAGUCUUUUUGAUACACUUGCUGAUCGUUAUAAAAUGUUGAAGAAAAACAUUCAACAAUUCAUAAUAGCACAAUUUGGCAUUACAGUUUUUCGGCACAAUAUCUCUGAAAAUACAUAUACAGCACAAUGUUUUAAUUUUUAUUUGUUUCCAAAGUCUUUCCCCUACAAAAAUAGACAAUUCUCAUGUCAAGUAUCAGCAUUAGAAUUUCUGCGUAAAUAUGGUUUUGAAUUUGAUAAAGUACUAAACGAAGGUAUAUCUUAUCUGGAUGAAAUAGACGAGAAAUCAUUAAGGUAUUUGGUACAAAAUGAUGUAAUAUUUAAUUUAGAAUAUUUAUCACACGAGGAAGACAUUAUUUUCAAAGAUUGUAUAAGCAAAAUUUCUGAGUGGCUCAGUAGCAAGUCAGAGCAAACGACAUUAAAGCUUCAAGUUGAUAGUCCUAUUUUACAAUAUAUAGUACAUAAAUAUAUAAGGAAUAAAUAUAAUAAUCUUUGGACUUUAUCAGACCAUAUGUCAAUCAAUGUCAUGAAAAAGUCAAAUAUUACAUGUGAACAAAUGGAAAGUAACUUAGAGGAAGAAUUGUUAAAUUCUUACAUAGGAUUUUCAAAAGUAUUUAAACUUUUAUCCUCUUCUAAGAAAACAAUAAUAGGGCAUAAUAUACUUUUGGAUUUAAUGUUCAUACAUCAACAAUUCUAUAAACCACUACCAGAUUCAUACGAUAAGUUCAAAAGUAAUAUGCAUAUAUUAUUUCCACACAUAUAUGAUACCAAAUUUUUAAGUGGUGAAUUACGAAACUUAUUUCAUAAGAAGGAAGUAAACUGGAAAAUAAGUUCACUUAGUACAUUGUAUGAAUACUUUACCAGCAAAGGACAAACUUUAUCAUACAAUUCACCAAAAAUUAAAAUCAACAAAGAAUUACCACAUAACAAAUAUCAUAAUGCUGGAUGGGAUGCUUAUAUUGCUGGAUAUAUAUUCAUAAAAAUGGCCCAUUUAUUUUGUAUACAAAAAUUCGGAAUAGGUACAGAAGAAAGAGGAGUGACACAUUCUGAAUUAAUUAAUAGUAUAAAAGGUUUUGAAAAUUCUGUGCACAUAACAAAAGGCAAUGAAAUGUAUAUGAAAUUAGAUGGUGCGGAUCCAAUCUCAUCAAGACCAGAAUGGCUUCACAUAACAUCAAAGUCAACUUCUAUAGAUAUCAAGCAGUUAAUGAACCAAUUUUCAUCUUUCGGUGUGGUGGACAUAAUGCCUUUGGCCCAGGGACGCGUUUUGGUGGCUGUUGGAACCCACAGAAGCGCGUUGCACAUACUGCAGCACUUCAAGAACAGCAAGGAAUUCCAGGUGACAAGGUAUAGCCGCAUAAGACACGCGAAAUUCACCACCAUCUGUUUAUGGAGCGGGAUCAUUAUGUUUGCGAGUAUUUUCACCUGGACGCUAAGAAAAUGCCUGUAAAAGUGGAACAAAUCGAGCAAUAUCGAGCUGUUACGCAAUUGGUAAUGUUAGCGACGUCACUGCAAUCGUGUAAAUUGUGACCAGCAAAGGUAAUCCGUUAUUUGCAAUAACAGUAACGUGUGCUAUAAAAUUGAUAUAUUCCG